AAUGCCCUGCCUUAUCCACUGUCUCCAGGGCUAGUGAACAGCCCGAAUUAAACUCUCGGGGCACCUGGGAUGCUCCUAGCUCACCUGCAAAAGGGUUUUCAUCAACCACGGAAACAAUGCAUACUCUGACCUCUAUAGAGAAUUACCCUCUAUGCUCCUGAGAACAACAUGCCUCCAGCCUGGGCGACCCGCAGAGCCAACCCUUAAAUCCCCGAUGGUGGUUCAUCCAGCGGUGGUAGAUGGCACCCCCAGGGCAGCCUGAAUCCAGAUUCUAAAAAAGAUCUCUCCGACCGCCAUAAGCUGCACGACCAAUGAGAACUAAAUCCCUCCUUUACAGUCAGCUACGAGCACCCCGGUGGCCAGAAUGGGGGCCCUUCCAGUUGUAGGAGCCUUGUAAGGCUACAGAAAGCAGUCACCAGGACCUGCAGACUCACCCCUUUAAGGGCAGCACGUGGCAGGGACUCAGCAACCACAACCACUGCCUUGCCGACACUCUGUAUAAUCUCGCAGACUGGCGCGGGAGUCACCGAAGGGUGCGGUACUCCCAGCAGGCGCCCAACCACCAGAGCGUGAUGGCCAGGCCCAUCUCCACCGAGAUGGCCGAGAGUUGGUGUCUCAGAGCUAGGUGGCAGACAGCAUGGCUCUCGCCGGGCAGUCGGAGAUGCUCUUCCCCAAGGCCACCUGAUGGGCCCCCUGCACCUGGCCCAAAUCCUGGCUCAGCACGUGGUCACAGGAGGCCGAGAAGCGGGCCUCGGCCAAGAGGUGGCGCCCUCGGGCCACUGGGGUGAGAAGGAACCCCGGAGCCGUUGUUACACAAGGGCGACCAGAGCUGGGCCCGCAGCGGGGCUAGGGGUGCUGCCGUCCCUCGCAACUGGGCUCGCUUUCCCCACGUUCCCCUCCUCUGCUUCACUGUCCCGGCCCAGUAGCUGCUGGAGCACCCAUCCGCCAAUGUCUGGGCGAACCGGAGGAGGGAGAAGCAAGGGCCGGGCGCCUAAGGAAGGCUGCCUGGCUCAGACUGUCCCGCUCCUGCCGGCGCCGUGUCCUCUGGAGACGCCGAGAGCACAGGCGAUAGAAAGCUACAGCGCCCCCACCCAACGGCAUUUUGGAAACUCACGCCCCUUCUUUCUCAACAUCGAACAAUGUAAAGCCAGCUGGAAGAAGACAAGAUGGCGCCGAGCGUGAGGAGCGGAGAAAGGCAGGAGGAUAAAUCUUGCGGCCGAAGCGGAAGCGUAAACAAAGGCGCGAAAGAUAGAACUGCGCAGGCGUACAGCUUUGGCACGCUUUAAAAUUCGAGCAGCAGGGUGGGCGCGUCCAAAAACGUGGUCUCCGGGCGAGACCUAUUUUACGCUAAGGAAGGUGGGAUGGAGUACGAAAGAGCCGGGGACGCGGCGGGGGGGGGGGGGGGGGGGGGCGGGCGGUACUGCUUCCUCGCGGGAAGACGGGAGGCGGAGUGCCCGGAGCGCGCAUGCGCAACGUACGUCAAUGGCGGUCUGAGGGACUGGCGGAAGCUAGCUUUGCAAUAUGGCGACUGAGACAGACGGGCCGCUCAAACGGGUGCUGGUGCCGAUUCUUUUACCUGAGAAAUGCUACGACCAAAUUUUCGUCCAGUGGGACUUGCUUCACGUUCCCUGCCUCAAGAUUCUCCUCAGCAAAGUCCUGGGACUGGGCAUUGUGGCUGGCUCACUUCUGGUAAAACUACCGCAAGUGUUUAAAAUCCUGGGAGCCAAGAGUGCUGAGGGGUUGAGUCUCCAGUCGGUAAUGCUAGAGCUAGUAGCAUUGACUGGGACCAUGGUCUACAGCAUCACCAACAACUUCCCCUUCAGCUCUUGGGGUGAAGCCCUGUUCCUGAUGCUCCAGACAAUCACCAUCGCCUUCUUGGUCCUGCACUACAGACAAGAGACUGUGAAAGGUGUUGCUUUCCUAGCGUGCUAUGCCUUGGUCCUGCUGGUGCUGCUUUCACCACUGACGCCCCAGGCUAUAGUCACCCUGCUCCAGGCCUCCAAUAUGCCUGCUGUGGUGGUGGGAAGGCUGCUCCAGGCAGCCACCAACUACCGCAAUGGGCACACUGGCCAGCUCUCAGCCAUCACAGUCUUUCUGCUCUUUGGAGGCUCCCUGGCCCGAAUCUUCACCUCCAUUCAGGAAACUGGAGACCCUCUCAUGGCUGGAACCUUUGUAGUCUCUUCCCUCUGCAACAGCCUCAUUGCUGCCCAGCUCCUCUUCUACUGGAAUGCAAAGGUUCCCCACAAGAAGAAAAAGGAGCAGUAGAGUUGAGCUGGCUCCUGGAGUACAUUCUCUUUCCAUUCAUCCACCCAACCUUGGGGUCCUUCCCAUCUGAACCAGUCUCCUGGUAUGACUUUUAACCAUUCCCCGUUCUUCUGCAAUUGCAACUCUAGUGAAAAUGCUUAGUUGACCCACAUCCUUAGAAAGGAUAGGGGUAGAGAUUCUCAUGCUGACAUUUUGACGUUGUGUGGUGUCCUGUAUAUGCUAUGGACACAUUUAAUCAUUUGGCUGAGAUUCUUCCUUUAGAAGUUUCCAGCUACAUACCUAUUCUGGGCAAAAGUCUUACCCUGUCCCUAUUUCCCCACUUCCCUUCUGACCCUGGAGGACGGAGCCUGAACAGUGGAAGGGACUAGGUGCUUGUGGCUUCCUCCCUCCCCCAGCCUGGCUCAGACUGUCUCCUGGACCCCAGUGCUUGGUGGGGGCGGGGGAAGGGGGACAGGAGAAUGACUCAGGCAGGGCCCCAGGGUGGGGUGAGGAGGUUCCUGCUCUGGCAGGUCCAGGCGGAAGGGAGUGGAGACUGCUGGUUCCUGCUGCAGUAAAGGGGAACAGAGAUGGAACAAUAAAGACUCAGAGACAUGGUUUAAUUGUA